CAGAGAAUAAAAUUGAAAAAGCGUAAUUUUAUUAUAUGGUUUUAAAAUAUAUUUUUAUAGUUAAAAAUAUCAAAAUAUAUUAAAUACUUCAAGUUUCAAGUUUUUUUCUAUAGAUUCUUUAAUGAGUCAAUUUAUCUCGAUACAAGUUGGACAAUGUGGAAACCAAAUCGGUUCAGUAUUUUGGCCUUUGGCACUACACGAGUAUGGUAUACAAACAAUGAAUACUGGAAUAAAUUUACUUAAAACACAACGAAAUCAUAUUAAAAAUAUAAAUGAUUUAUCUAAUGCAUUUGAUAGUUUUUUUGUUAUACCUGACAAUUCACCCAAAGAUUUAUGUUUUAAAAGUAUGUCUGAUUUAAGAAAAGCUAAGGUUAAAGCCAGGGCAAUAUUGAUAGAUAUGGAGGAUAGUGUUAUAGGAGAAAUGAGAAGAGGUCCUGUACGUGAUUUAUUUGAUCAGACUUGUAUUGUAACAAAUUAUCCAGGAUCUGCAAAUAAUUGGGCUGUAGGUUAUUAUACUCAUGGUACAGAAUAUUAUGAUAAAUUGGAAGAUAAUAUCAGACGUAUGGCAGAGAAAUGUCCUAGAUUACAUGGUUUUUUAACAAUGCAUUCCCUUGGCGGUGGUACUGGAUCUGGAUUAGGAACAGCUGUUUUAAAGUUACUAGCUGAUAAUUAUCCUACAAUAGAUAGAUUAGUAUCAUGCAUAUAUCCAAUUGUUAUGCAAGAUGUUGUUACAGCCCCAUAUAAUGUGUUAUUGGCAACACGAGAACUUAUAGAUUAUGCAACUUGUGUUUUUCCUAUUGAAAAUGAAGCACUUGUAGACAUAUGUAAUGCACAAUUAAGGAAUAUAGAUCAAAUAAAUUAUAAUAUUUCAUGUAAACCAUUUCAGGAUAUGAAUAGUAUUAUUGCAAAUAUACUUCUUCAUUUAACUAGCGGAUCUAGAUUUCCUGGUAAUUUGAAUAUGGAUAUGAACGAAAUAGCAACGAAUCUUGUACCAUAUCCGAAAUUACAUUAUAUAUUUAGUAGCGUUAGUCCAAUAACGUUAUCUGCGCCUACAAUAUGCAAUAUACAAGGAAGAAAACUUAUAGAUGAAAUAUUUAUCAAUGCAUGGUCACGAAACAAUCAAUCGAUCAAACUAGAUCCACUACAAACAGGUUCUAUGGUUUUAAGUGCUGCGCAUAUUGCUAGAGGAGAUUGUUCUGUAAAUGAUUUAAAACGAAAUAUUGAAAAAUUUCGGAAAAAAGUUACAUUCGCAAAAUGGGGUACCGAAGCUAUGAAAGUGGGUUUAUGUUCUGUACCUCCAGCUGCACAUUCUACCUCAUUAUUAUGUCUUUUAAAUUCUUCCUCAAUGAUAUCAUUAUUUGAAAAUAUAAUAAAACAAUUUACUAGAUUAUAUAAACGAAAGGCACAUGUACAUCAUUAUACGAAAGUACGUGGUUUCGAAGAAAUGCAUUUUAUCGAUUGCAAAGAAAUAAUUUUAAAUUUAAUCACACAAUAUACAAAACUACAAAAUCAAAAUGAAAUAAAUGUUUCUCGAUUACAAAUCCUUUAAUUUUUACAUUACAUAAUUUUAUUAAUUUUCUUUUUUUUUUUAUUUAUUAACUUGACCUAUACAUUAUAUAACACAAAGAGAAUGCAACAAAAAUAGAUUAACAUAAUAUAUUGGUAACAACAUUUCAUUCAUCGAAGAUUUAUUAUUUGCGCGAAUUUGUAUCAAGAUGUUUGAAAAUUCAAAAUAGUUAAUAUAUACAUUGUCUGUACAUAAUGGCAUAUACAAAAAAAAUUCAAAAAUCUCAAUUGUUUUUGAAUAUAUCGAUAUAACAUUAAUUUGCAAAGAUAUGAUUUGUAUAAAAUAGCGUUUUAACUAGCUGGUAUUUGUGGCAAACCAAAUUCAUCGACUAAAACUCCAUCCUAAAAAGAAAAAAAUUUUUUUUAAUAAAUCAAAUCAUUGAAAUUUUAUACUUUUAAACAAUUUGUACAGUAUUUAUAAAAGAUAUAAUAAUUACUA